GAGCAGGGUGGAAAAGCCAGUCGAGCCGCGCGCGCAACUGCGCGCGAUUAGUCGAAUCACGUGGCGUCGGAUGCAUUGUGACUGAUGCACUCAAUCUUCAGUUUGCUCCAUAGUCCAUUGUUAGCUGCAUUGGAAGUUGGAGCACGCGGCGUUUUACUGGUUUGCGUCUGUUUAUGUCCAGAAAAAGGAGACGAAGCGUUUUCGUUUGAGAUCAUUACGUUCUUUACGGAGUGGGGCGGUAACAAUGGAUGAAUCUCGCAGAACAUGGGAAUCGACAUUGGAAGAGAAAGAGCAAGAAAGAUUGAAGUUAAAAAGAAAGGAGUGGCGUAUCCAACAAGAACGUGAGAAAAAGCACGAGGAACGAAAGUUAAAAAUGAUUGAAGAGUACGAAAGGAAACGAGCUGAAGUAAUCAAUAGCAAGCUAAAGUCUCUACGGCGAAGCAAGAGCGCUAGUCCUCAACGAAGAGAAACUAGUUUCCCUGACUACGAGCAUUCCAAAGAUUUUAAACGGAGAGCAUCAGUAAUAUUUAAUGGUCCAAAAGGUAUAAUUGACAAGAAAAAACUGCAUGAAAACAAGGUAACUAUUUGCAAUAAAGAGAGCAGUCUUCCAACAAAGGAUCAGAGUACGUCAGUAAAGAUUGAACGGGACAUUAUAAAUCCAGAUGAUAUAAUUCUUCCUCGAAGACAAAAUGAAGGUAAAUGCCCAAUAUUCAAAAGAAAUGAAAUAAAAGAAACUGAAGAGAUACGGAUAAUUAAAUUCUCAGAAAAUGAGCAAUUGGAAGAACAGCAGUCAACAAGUAGGAAGAACGCUUCUACGUGCAAAAGUCCUGAUGAUGAUAAAAUUCUACAUUGUUCGCAAGUGAAGUCAUUUACACAUCGAGAUAAUCGAACAGAUGAUAGACACAAUCCCAACAGAAGGCGACGUAGUCCGAUAAGAGACAACGAUGAGAAAGAUAGGGGUAGAAACGAAAGAAGAAACAAAAGUUCGUUACAUCACAAUAGCCGUAGCGUAUCUUUCUUUAGGGAUCAAUCAAGAUCUCGUUACAGAAGUAGAAGUCUUUCGCUGACCAAUGAACGAGCUAGAGAAAAAAGAGUGGAUAAUUACAAAAAUAGAGUUUCAUCUAGAAAAAAUUAUUCUGACGCAUCACGCGAGUUAGAUGCGAAUUGUGCAUCUUCAUUCAUGGACUACAACGCCUACAUGCGUUUAUCUGGACCAAUGCCGAUGCCGAUGCCGAUGCCGAUACCGAUGCCGAUGCCGACGCCGAUGUCGAUGCCGAUGUUUAGAGGACAGGCACCACCUGUGCUUGUGCCUAUCUUCCCGAGAACAUUCCCUACGUCAUUUCCGCCGAUGAAUAUAUAUCGGUGGCAACGACCUCCUCCUAGAUUUGUCAACAGCAAAGGAAUUAGACCCAAUAAUCGAUACAAUAGCUGAGAAAUUUAAUUUUAAUGAUUUUUUAGUAAUAUUUUUUUAAUACGCGCAUCUUUAAU